GAUUCAUACCCAGCUGAACAACCUAUAAAAGGCUUGUGCUCAUCUGUACUGUACUGUUGUGCAAACCACUGUGCUGACAAUUCAUGAAAAAUGGGUGGAACUCAGUCUAGUGUCAGAGCUUCUGAUUCCUCUAAAGGUAGAUCUAAACCGGCCCUGAGAAGACUCUACAGUGUGGACCUAGAGAGCAGUUUUAUCCUCAUUGGAAAUCAGAAAGUGGACUCCUUACAGUAUGACCCAUCUCAAACAUUUAUGGUGGCGUAUGGCAUCGAUAAGCAAAUUGACCCCAGGUUUAGUAAGAAGACUCUAAGUUCUGUGACCGUGUUGGAUGCUCAUCAGGUUUGUAUGGCACUAAUUGACCAAAAUGUGCUACCAAAAGAUAAUGUUCGGUUAUUCGCUGCCUCUAAAGAUCUUGACAUGUGCACUAUUGAGGGAAUAAAGGAUAGCUUUCAAGCUGCUGCUAAGAUGACUGGAAAAAAUGGAAUCUUGUUCUUUCAUUUCUCUGGGCAUGGGAUUAAGGUUGGCAAUGAGUGGGGACUUGCACCAGCUGAUUUUGAUUACUCGCGGAGCACUUUUCUGAGUGGAGACAUGUUGAAUAGCUGGCUCAAUGAAGUUGAUUGUCAAUCCCUGUAUGCUGUUAUUUCUCUCGAUUGCUGUUAUGCGGGUGGUUUUGCUAAUGAACUAAUUGCUUGCGAUCUUAAUUUGCGAUCAGGUACUUACGUGCUUAGUGCUUGUACUGCUUUUGAGACUUCUCUGGUAAUAGGCCCCCUAGGCCAUUCAGUUUAUGCGUACUUCCUGGCCUAUGCUAUUCGAGUGAUGUCAUUUGCUAGUGGAACAAUUCCCAUUCAUAAAAUAUUUGAGGAGUGUAGUAUUCUUUGUAGGUCACUUACAUCUUUUCUUGUCUGCUAUAGUUCUGAUUUCGGACUAAGCAUAAAAGCUAUGCAACCUGUAUUGAAAUACUUUGAUGUCAACUCUCUUCCCUCUAAUCGUUUGCUAGACAGUAUUUCUCCUGGUUUGCCGAAAGAAGACGUCACUGCAUCCCUCCUGUCAGUUGACAGGUACACUUUUGUGACGCAGUACUUCACACGAAUGAAUUUCCAGAUUGGGGAGUUGUGUAGUCUAUGCCUUGAUUGGCUCGGGUCUAUGACAGAAGAUGGGAAGUGCUUGAAAGAGAUUGCCAGUCGAGGAUUGUUGCAAGAUGAAAUACUAAACGCUGUUAUUUGUCUUAUGAUGUGGAGUUUUGCAUCAAUACAGUUUGUUGAUGAUAGAGAAAAUGUACAUAAAGCCAGUAACUUUUUGCUUGCUUUCUUAUACACUGCUACGGCUUUAGACUCACUCUACCAUGUCAGGCUAACUCAUGACCACAUGGAACAAAGUUUGGAGUUCUAUCUUGGUGUGGUUGAAGAGAAUAAAGUCGAUGUUAGUGAGCUACAACAGUUGAGGAAGGAGGUAAACAGAGAACAACGAAACUCUCCUAAUAUUGAAAUUGACGAUACAUUGAAUGUACCUGAAACCUCUAUGAGAGCAGAUGCUAUGGAGUCAAUAAAAUUUACCAAGCUCUCAGGAAAUGGCUUGUUUGACACCUGUCCUGUUCAUCAACCGGAAGGAGAUAUUUGCAAAGUACCUGUGAAGUAUUACUGGUGGGUACCACUUGCAGAUGAUAUGCAGCUGUGACAGCUUAACAAUGGUUGAUAUUAUAAUUAUACCAUGCAUGUGUAUUAUACUGUACAUUUUUUGUUGAGUGAUAAUUCUAAUUAACAUGUUCACAUACGUACCGGUAUAUAUACAUUCUUGUUGCCUUUUGA